AUCUGUUUCUCAGGUGGUGUUCAGUCGGCACUGCAGUCCAUGUGACAUCAAGGAGCUCCUGUGUACCUCAUCUAACAUUCCCAGGACCACUGCCAUCAUGAUGGUUGACCCGGAAGGAGCCCUAGUCUCUAUGGAUCCCACCAUGCCCACCAACUCUCCAAACUCUCUGUACAAAAUUGUGCCUCUUUCGACUGGUCAGCUUGGAGAAAAGGAAGACAUGUUUCAGAACGUGUUGUCCCAGGUGGCUGAACAGUUCAGCAGAGCCUUCCGGAUCAACGAGUUGAAGACGGAGGUCACGAACAGGCUAGCAAUGCUGGAGAAGAGAGUGGAAUUGGAGGGCCUGAAGGUGGUGGAGAUUGAGAAGUGUAAAAAUGAUCUGAAAAAGCUACGAGAUGAGAUGGCUUCAAGAGGUGGUGCCAGAGUUAACUGUCCAUGCAAAUACAACUUUGACGAUGGGAAGAAGGUCACUCCCAGACGAGAUGUCCCCAAUUACCCAAAGUACACACUCUCUCAGGAGACUGUUGAGGCGCUCAAGAAGCCGACAUUCGAUGUCUGGCACUGGGAACAUAACGAGAUGCUAAGUUGUUUGGAGUACAUGUACCAUGACUUGGGACUAGUGAAGGAAUUCAACAUGAACCCCAUCACACUCAAACGUUGGCUGUUGGCGAUUCAGGAGAACUACCGUAACAACCCUUUCCACAACUUUCGACAUUGCUUCUGCGUCAGUCAGAUGAUGUAUGGCAUGAUUAACCUCUGCAACCUACAGGAGAAGCUGACUCUCACAGAUAUGGGCAUUUUGAUGACAGCAGCAGUGUGCCAUGACCUGGACCACCCUGGCUACAACAACACGUACCAGAUCAAUGCACGCACAGAGCUGGCAGUGCGCUACAAUGACAUAUCUCCGCUGGAGAACCACCACUGUGCUGUGGCCUUCCAGAUCCUGUCUCUUCCUGAGUGCAACAUUUUUGCCAAUGUGGAUCCUGAGGCCUUCAAACAGAUCCGACAGGCAAUUAUCACCCUCAUCCUGGCCACCGACAUGGCCAGACAUGGCGAGAUACUAGAGUCCUUUAAGCAGAAAGUGGACAACUUUGAUUUCACCAAUGAGGAGCAUGUGACAUGUCUGAAGAUGGUUAUGAUCAAGUGUUGUGACAUUUCCAACGAAGUGAGGCCAACUGAGGUAGCUGAGCCAUGGGUGGACUGCCUAUUGGAGGAGUACUUCAUGCAGAGUGACAGGGAGAAGUCUGAGGGUCUCCCCGUGGCUCCCUUCAUGGACAGAGACAAAGUCACCAAGCCCACUGCUCAGAUUGGAUUCAUCAAGUUUGUCCUCAUCCCAAUGUUUGAGACGGUCAUGAAGCUUUUCCCUCAGAUUGAGGAGAUCAUGGUUCAACCUCUGAGAGACUCUCGUGACCAUUACGAGGAGCUGAAACAGAUCGAUGAUGCCAUGACUGAGAAGAAAAAAACUGAAAGUAUAUCAUUAGGCGGGAAGAAGAAGUAAGCUCUGCAGUGAGUGAGUGCAGUGGUUUCUGUGGAUCCUCCUUUGUGAUUAAACUAAGGAAAGACUUGUGAGGGAGGCCUCGGUAAAGGCGGUCCCAGCUGCAUUGUGAAGAGGACAGAUGGGUCUGGAUCAGAAGGAGGAGAAAAGAGACUGCUUGGCUGCAUACUGAACUAAAUGUAGACGUCAAGGUGGCAUGUCUUGAACUUUGACUUAGACUUUUGCACUGGAUGUAACAGAGAGGGACCUGCUGACCUCUCUGCAUGUGUAUGCUGUUUGUACUGUUCUUUUUAGUUUACUUUAUUUUAUAGUAUUUCAUGUGUUCUACCCUUUUGUAGAAGGAUAAUAAAACUAAAAUGGGUUGUUUUCAGCAGUCCAUGUUUGAUUGUUAUGGCUCAUCAGAAGUCUGUGUGUUUUCUCUUACCUUCAACACUUUUCAAUACAAUAAAGACACAUAGGGGCAUAUCUUUUCCAAGGUGCAACAUAUUGUGUCUUGUACUAUUGUUUAUUAUCUCACAAUAGAUGUCAAACUUUGUUUUAUAGGCCAGUUCAUUACCUGUGAGUCUUUGUAUAUAAUGGGUUUCAGAGUCUCCGGGAGUUUAUCCAUAGUGAGAAAGUUACUUUAGGUGAUAAAAAAGAUUAAAAAACAACUAUAUAAUGUAUAACAACAAUUAUACAAUGUAUAACUUAAACAAGUCUGAGAAAUACGAGUCCAAGCGUUAAAACAAAAGCUGACCUGCUGACUUUAAUGAAUGAAAAUAUUUGAUCAAAUGCAUUGAUUUUAUUACAUCUAAUGUACACAAUGAUCCCACAAUGAUUAAGCUAUCAAAUGUCCCCCUCAUGUGUGCGUUGUAUACCGCCCCCCCUGAUGUGAAACAUGUUCAAUAUUCCUUCCUGGCCUUGGAAGUUGUAGUUUAACAAAAAUAAUCCGGACCUUCUCUUGAGAUUUCAGCCGUAAAACAUGAUCUUCAUCCGCAGAUAAAGAUUGCUCAGUUGUCAUGGGGAUGGAUCUGUUGCCAUGCAAUCUCAGCAGCUGUUAUGAUUUCAUCCAUUGCACUUUUCAUCCAUUUUAAACGCUCAAUGCCAGCUUGUCAACGGAUCCAUCACCAUUACAACAGAGCCUACUGCAGUUGCUGAUGAGGACCGUGUGAUAAAAAGAUCUGGAAAAAGCUUGCAGAUGAACCUUGAGUUAAGACUGAUUUUUGUAUAUGUUGAUUACUGAAACACGUGUUAUUGCACAGAAGCUAUAAAAGAAUAAACCAAGAGCCCAUUUAGACAGAAGUGGUAACAUUUCACUUUCGAUUUUUCCAUUUAGUUAAUGAGUAAUAACGUCUGUGCAGCAUUCCAGUUUCUUUUUCUACCCUAUCAUCAUGAUUGGAAUAUAUAUUUUGAUUGCCACAUUUAAGACUUGAGGGCAAGAAACGUGUUGAAAUAUGACUAAUUAUCCAGGUCUGUAACACCUGCAGGUGCCACUUAUCUCAACCUGCCCCACGUCCCCCUCUCUUUGCAGCUUCCCUUCGAGCAAUAACAGAUCUGGGUGGUUUUCCUCCAGCUACUCCUCAGUGAUUUUAUUACUUUUCUUUGGCAACAUGUUGCCAAUAACUCGUGAGCAGUUAUUACCUCACCUGUUGGUCUCCCCUCACAUACACUGAAUACCACCCACAACGCUCUGAUUAAAUUAUGAUAAAUAAUCUGUUUGUUAUCCUUCACUUUUCUAGUCUGUAGCUUAAUUUGAUACAUCUCACUAGGUAUUCACAUGUUGGUGGUCUGAUUGGUUCUUUUUAAAUUAGCAUGAUUGUUUGGUUUGUGUGCAUACUGCUGCAAUACUUGUGAGUUGAUGAUGAUCUCAAAGCAAUAAAAAAAAAAACAGUAGACCACAUGUUUGUGUUGCUAAGAUGAAAGAAUUAGUAGAGAGUGAUUGUUGUUUUGAUUAAUGCAUUACUGAUUUCUUUCCACAUAUGGCGUGACAGAGUGUAUUGACAUUCACCUGCAGGAAUGCUCUGAUUAAAAUGGACAUGCCAAUGAUUAAAGCCA